AUGACUGCAAAGAGAACCAAGGCUCUGUACGGGAGUGCGCCGAAGAAGACAUGCAAGAAGUGCGACAGGAAGAUCUCCUGUACUAACAACUCCAAGCAUAUCAAGACGCGCAGCGAGAUCCGGAAGAAGUCAUGGGAAAAGAAUCGCGCUAAACGCGUAGGCUUCCAGCGCGACCAGCGCGCAGCCAAGUUCGUCGAGGAAUUACAAGAUAUUCGCGCAGGCUACGGGAAGCAGAAGGAACGCCGGCUUUACCCCAACCAAAGCCGAAAGGGAUGUCAGGCCAUCCCCUCGAGGUGCUCAGCCUUCAUCCAGGCCUCUUUGAGCACGCGUUUGCCAAGGAACGCGCCAAUAAUAUUUAUAAUGCAGGUAUCCAUCGGUAAUGCUAUGAUGUUCUACGCUGAAAAGCACGAAUUCCUGUCGAAGAAAUGGUUUCAUGCGCUGCUGGUGUUCUUGCAUCCGGACAAAAGCCAUCAUCUUCCCCAAGAGUGGCAAAAUGCACAGAACUACACUGCGGUUCGGGAGAGCUUUAAGCUUCUCCCACAAUAUAAGGAGGACAUGAAAGAAGCGAGUACGCGCACGGUUUACGAAGAGCGGGUUCGUAUCGAGAAAUAUCGACUCUAUCUUCAGACACGACCUACCUUUAAGGAUUCCGUCUAG